AUGGUAAAUUCAACUUUAUCAUACUUCAUUCUUGGAGCUUAUAUGCAUGUUGGAAGUUUGAAAUACUUCUGUUUCAUAAUAACUGCAAUGAUAUACAUGAUAAUUGUUAUUGCCAACACAUCUCUGAUAGUGAUUAUCUGUAUGAACAGAAGUUUACAUGAACCUAUGUACCUGUUUCUGUGCAGCCUGUUUGUAAAUGAACUGUAUGGUAGUACAGGGUUGUUUCCAUUCCUUCUGCUUCAGAUCCUCUCUGACAUUCACACUAUUUCUGUUCCCUUUUGUUUCCUGCAGAUUUUCUGUUUGUAUACAUAUGCAAAUGUAGAGUUUUGUAAUUUAGCCGUCAUGUCUUUUGACAGAUAUCUCGCUAUCUGUUAUCCUCUACAAUAUAACACACAAAUGACAUCAAACAAGGUGUUUAUCUUUAUUAUUUUUGUAUGGUUGUUCUCUUUUGUGAAAUUUCUAAUUACUUUAUCUUUAAACAUAAGAUUGACACUGUGUGGAAACAUCAUAAACAGUUUGUAUUGCAGCAACUACCUUGUUGUUAAGUUGGCUUGUUCUGACACCACAGUGAAUAAUAUCUAUGGACUUUUUGCCGCUGCUCUCUCUGUCGUAGUCCCUCUGCUUCCAAUCCUUUUCUCUUACAUCAAAAUCCUCAAGAUUUGUUUUUCUGGUUCUAAACAUACCAGACAAAAAGCUGUCAGUACCUGCACACCUCACCUUGCUUCUCUAUUGAACUUUUCUUUUGGGUGUUUAUUUGAAAUACUACAGAGCAGAUUUGAUAUGGAAAGUGUACCCAGUGUACUGCGAAUUAUUCUUGCUCUGUAUUUUGUGAUACUCCAACCACUGUUGAAUCCGAUCAUGUAUGGAAUGCAAAUAUCCAAAAUACGAAAUGCAUGUAAAAAACUUAUGUUAUAA